AACAAAUUCUUUCUUUGCUCUUCCUCCUCUCGUUUCGUCCUACAUCCUCCUCGUUCUGACUUCCCGUCUCUUUUGCCAUCUUUACGAGCUUGAAUUUCUUUACGUCGCGCCUUAUACCUGCCAGCAACUCGAUUGGGUACUAGACAUACCUGUACGUCUUCUUUGUGGCCCGUCGGAUUGUUGUUUUUCAUUGUCAUAUCAGUCCAUGACGAAUCCUCCCGCCCGCAUCCCUCUUGAAGAAAUACUGGCCAAACAUGACUGGAUAUUGACCUUCGCUCAUCCCCCUGACGUCGCCUCACUUCUGCGAUCCAAUGACGUGCCAUCACCUCUGCAAUCUACUCAGCUGAAGGCAUCCCUGGACGGCUUAAAGGAACCUCUUGCUGAACUGCAGAGUGACCUUGGCUUGCUACGUAACGCCGUUGUCUCUCUGGAAACACGGAUGUUGCGUCUCCAGUUGCUUAAACUUGACUACGAGACAGCUUUGUCCCCGAUACGGCGCCUUCCUAUGGAGGUUGUGGCCGAAAAUUUACGCCGUUCAUGGCCAACUCGUUCCCCGGGUCUAAGCGCACAUUUCUUGGGUGCUUCUAAUCCGCGACAUGGACCUUGGAUUCUUGGACAUGUGUGCAGCUUGUGGCGGAGUGUUAUCGAAACACUCUGCCCAGAGUUAUGGGCCACGUUGUCGUUUGAAAACACAUACCGAUAUAGCGGCCCUGCAGACAACUCCCUACAAAGACUCUGUUGUGUCCUUGAGCGUAGUCGAAAUCAUCCUCUCGAUUUUAUAUAUGCUAACUAUUUGGACCGGGAUCAACUGAUGGAUCAGUGUUUUGAGAUCAUGGCCGCCCUCUCAAAACGAUGGAGAGUGGUAGAAAUUAGACUUAUUCCAUUCCAUAUCCCACGACUGUCAGUGCACGGAAAAAUCGAUUGGCUUAGGGAGGUAUACCUCUCCUGCCAUCAUUGUCCCCCGCCGCCCGGAGACAUUCGUGCUUUUGAGAUUGCACCAAAACUGGAGAUUCUACAUCUUAAAGGCAUACACCCAGAUGCCAACAUCUGUUUCCCGACCACAAAUCUCAUUUCCUUCUCUGACGAGAGAGAAUCCGUGGACAGAUUACUCCCCGAAUAUCUGGACAUUGUCAAAUCAGCUUCAAAACUUCGUUCCUUUUCGUAUGUCGGCAAGAGCAUCCAAACAGAGGCCCCGUUUUCCCGCAUUACCAGCUCAACCCUCGAGGAGCUUUCCACAUCUUCGUUAGACUUUAUCUGCAGCAUGAAGCUCCCGGCGCUGAAAGAAUUCAAGCUAAUCUUGCCCCGGGCUCCUGGCAUAGAUUCGCUCCAAGCGGUCCAUGAGAUGGUUCUUUGUUCGCAGUGUUCGUUAACGCGAUUAUCGAUCCAAAAUGCGCGUCUGGAUGAGAGCCUUGUACCAAUCUUGCGACUCACCCCUCACCUAGAAGAAUUUGAAAUUACUAUUGGAUGAGUGGAUGACACAGCACAAUCCUAGGAAUGCUAUCCCCUGAUAGCUGAAAUGAGGGCGCUAACUAUAGUGGAAGGAUCACUGCGGCACACCU